AUGGAGGAAGCAAUGUAUCUCAGUGCGGAAAUCGGAGUCUUGCAAAUAUCUGCUGAUAACGGACAAGGAUGUAUGCCGGAUGAAGUCUGGAAGACAUUCUUUGGUUGUUAUGGAAUUCGCUUUGUGAGACGCUAUGCAACUUACCGGUAUUUUAGACGUCAGGGUUGGGUCGUGCGAUCUGGCAUUCAUUGCGGGGUGGAUUUCAUGCUCUAUCGUGAUGGGCCUGAAUAUUAUCAUAGCAGCGCGGCGGUUCGAAUUGUUUCUAAAGGAAGUAAACGUGAUGCAUCAGCCUUUAUCGCACUUAACAGGGAGUUGAAUAGUAUAAAGAAGACAUUGAUAGAAGUAAUAGUGGUUGUUCCUGAAGACUGUAAUAUUGAGAGCAUCGAUUCCAUCCGCUGUAUUUCUGUUAUACACUCCAGUGCCCUCACAUGGAAGACGUCUGAUGAUCGAUGA